AGUGCAGAGCUGACGAGAUGAGGGAGCGGAAGUCUUUGAGAGGAAUGUGAGAAAAGAGGAAGAAAGAGAGAGAAGAAAAAAAGAGGGUUUUGCGCUUGGAUUAAAUUCUGAUUCCACGUCCUACGCGUAAUGAUGUUUUUGACAGUGGGGAUAGUUUUGAUGCAACGGACAGUUACGCUUUAAACAUGACUUUAUCCGCAGGACUGGAAAUUCCAGGCUGGUUCAGGAUUUUGCUUUUCCUCUGUGCAUGGGGAGUCACAUUAACAGAUACUGCUAUUCCUUUUCAAGAACUGUAUUUCAAUGUGGAACCUGUUGACGUCGUUGCUGUCCGCGAUGGACCUGUCCUCCUGAAUUGCUCUGCCAGCGGGCCUUCGCCUCCCAUCUACGACUGGAGGAGGGACGGAUCACCUGUUCACGUCGUUGGAGACACUAGAAGGUCAAUACUGUCCAAUGGCUCUCUUUUCAUCAAGCAGGUGCACCACACGCGAAAUGAACGGCCGGACGAAGGAAUGUACCAGUGUGUGGCGACAGUCAAAGAAAUCGGCACAAUUGUCAGCAAGCCAGCAAUGUUGCAAGUUGCAAACUUGCCAAGGUUCGACGAACAGCCCCAAGACGUGACGGUUUACCCCGGACAGACGGCUUAUUUUCCGUGUUCGAUUCAGGGACACCCCUCUGCUGUUAUCAAGUGGCUUAAAGACGACAGACUUCUGCGACUGGAAAAAGAUCGAAUUACCCUCUUGCCUAGCGGUGCCUUGGAAAUCACGCGAGUUCAGACUUCGGACAGUGGCAUUUACAAGUGCAACGCGUCUAAUGUCGAAAGACACAGGAUCAGUGCAACCGGGACGCUUACUGUCAGCUUAGAUUACGCCGAAGCCAACAAACUUUCCUCCCCACAAUUCAUCGCUUCGCCCCGAAGUUCCUUCGUUGUAGAAGGAACUAGUAUCACACUGGACUGCGCAGCAAAUGGUAAUCCUGUUCCCAAAAUCACUUGGCUCAAAGAUGGCGCCACGAUCGAUUUGCAGGAAGGAUCAGACGGCCGCCAUCACAUAAUUGGCAGUGGAAGUUUGAAAAUCGAUCCAGUACGAGAAGGAGACGAUGGGACGUACAUGUGUAGGGCAGAGAACCAUGUGGAUUCUUUGGACACCAGUACUGAACUAGAAAUUCAAAUCCCUCCCAGAUUUACUAAAAAACCCCAAUCCAGAUAUUCUUAUGAAAAAGAAGAUGUUGAUUUAGAAUGUGAAGUCUAUGGAAAACCCGAACCUAAAGUUCAUUGGCUGAAGAAUGGUGAUGUCAUCGUACAAAGCGAAUACUUCAAGCUCGUGAAUGGGUAUAAUUUAAGAAUACUUGGUCUGGUGAGGUCGGAUGCUGGCGUAUAUCAAUGUUUUGCUACAAACCCUGCCGGUUCUGAACAAUCAACAGCUCAACUUUUGUUACUUCAACCAGCCACCCCUUCUCCUAAGCCCAACUCAUCCACAGGUGAUCAGCCACACAGCAAAGAUGUCCCUACUGCUCCAAGAGACGCAACAGCUGUAAUAGUGUCCACGAGGUUCAUUACUUUGUCUUGGAUGCAGCCCCUCAAAUCAAAUGGAGAAAUAUUUGCUUAUUCUGUCUAUUAUAAGGAGUCCACUUCAACCAGAGAACGUGUUUUAAACACCACAAGACCAAGGCUGGAGGAAGUGAGUAUCCAAGGACUGCAGCCCUCCACAAAAUACCAUUUCCGAGUUGUAGCAUACAAUGAGCAUGGCCCUGGAGAAAGCUCUGAAGAAAUUGUGGUGGAGACACAAGGAGAAGUUCAUGUUCCUGGAGCACCAAAAAAUGUGAAGGCUGUGGCUCAUUCUCCCACUUCAAUUCACAUUUCAUGGGACCCACCAGAAUCUCCAGUGGAACCUGUUCAGAAAUACAAGCUUUUUUACAUGGAAGAAGGAACGUCAGAAGAAAGAGAAGUGUCCACAACAGAAAAUAGUCAUACUUUGAGAGGUUUAAGAAAGUUCACAGAUUACAACUUUUGGGUUGUAGCAAUCAACGCAAAUGGGGCCGGAAUGAACUCCGAUGAUGUGGUAGCAAAGACAUUGUCUGACAUUCCAAGUGAUCCUCCACAAAAUGUUACCAUAGAAGCUGCAAGUUCAAGUAGUGUCAUCGUACGAUGGGAAGCACCACCAAAAGAAAGUCAGAAUGGGAUAAUCAUGGGCUACAAAAUUCGUUACAAACUGAAAGGUAGUCGUAGAGGAGAUACUGUCACUACGGAUGGUAACAGAAGACUGUAUGCUCUUACAGGUUUGGACAAAGGUGCCCAGUAUAACAUCAAAAUAUCAGCUCUAACAAUUAAUGGAAGUGGACCUGCUACCGACUGGAUUGUUGUAGAUACGUACCAGAAUGAUCUUGAUGAAUCCAGAGUUCCAGACAGACCAAGUUCUCUUCGAGCUCGACCGACAGCAAAUAGCAUUUACGUCAGUUGGACCCCUCCACGCAACCAAAAUAUAAUGAUUCGUGGCUAUACAAUUGGCUGGGGUAUUGGAUUUCCAGAUGUGUACACUAAAGUUCUUGAUGGAAAGCAACGUUAUUACAACAUUGAAAAUUUACAACCUUCAUCUGAAUAUGUCAUAAGCUUGCGAGCAUUCAAUCAAGUUGGUGAUGGCAUUCCCAUUUAUGAAACAGUGAAGACCUUGAUUCAAGCUCCUCCUGAGCCUUUGACACCUAUGUUACCUCCUGUUGGCCUUAAAGCUAUAGUUUUGUCUUCCUCAACAGUUGUUUUGUAUUGGACAGACAGUACUUUAUCUAGGAAUCAAUUAGUAACUGAUAGUCGCUAUUACACAGUGAGAUAUAGUACAUACACUAGUUCAAGUCCGAAAUAUCGUUACUUCAAUUCAACAGAUUUGAACUGCAUGAUUGAUGAUUUAAGGCCAAAUACUCAAUAUGAAUUCAGUGUGAAAGUUGUAAAAGGUACAAGAGAGAGUACAUGGAGCAUGAGUGUAAUAAACACUACUCAAGAAGCUGCACCAUCUUCACCACCCAGAGAUUUAACUCUCAUUCCAUCUGAGGAUGAUUCUUCUUCUGUUAGUUUGCAAUGGCAGCCACCUAAGCAGCCGAACGGACAAAUUACAGGUUAUGUAGUGUUUUAUACUACUGAUAAUACUCAACGAGACAGAGAUUGGGUAGUGGAAGGAGUAAUUGGCGACAAAUUAUCAGCAAUUAUAAGCAACCUCAUGCCAGAUACAACAUAUUAUUUUAAAAUACAAGCAAGAAAUACAAAAGGAUAUGGACCUCUAUCAUCUGAAGUAGUAUAUAAAACACCUCCAGGUUUGGCAAACAAUUUUUUGUACAUAAUCAUUGCUGCAGUCUCAGGAGGAGUUGUCGUAAUAAUCCUCAUAAUAAUAGUUUCCAUAGUUUGCAGAAAGAAACAUAAUGCUUAUUUGGCACCUGUACAGAAAAAUAGUAGAUAUGCAGGACCUAAAGCAACAGCUCGGGAGCUGAAACCUCCAGAUUUAUGGAUUCAUCAUGAUCAAAUGGAGUUAAAAGAAAAAAUUAGGCAAGGAGACCAUUCAGGAUUGCCUCGAAAUCCGCACGAAGCAGACGUUAUGAUCGACAUCAUGGAAAAAAAGAAAGGUUCUUACAUAGAUGAUAUGGCUGCAUUAGUAGAUGGAAUGUGUGAUACUAGUCCCUCCAGAGUAAAAUCAUUUUUAAUACAUCCAGAAAAUUUCACCAUACCUCCACCUCCUCCCACUUUAUCAGCGACAACUCCAGUACCCAAUGGCGGUUUAGAGUCACCAUAUGAAAUGGGAUCUAGUGGCUUGGCCAGACCAGUCUAUCCAAGGACACAGUACAACAUUCCUCAUGCCCAUGUGACAAUAGAUGCUGCGCAUCCCGGUUCAUCUUCAUCAACCCUUGCAUCCCCAUCUGCUCGCACUCAUCAUCCAUAUGAUCAAGUAACAUCUCCCACUCUCCACAUAACACUUGGUGGUGCAUCUGUGCUGGGCACAGGUCAACAUGCCACUUACUCCAGCAACACCAACACAACUGCAGAAUCCACAUCUGCAUCAGGGACUCUGAGCAAAAAACCACCAAAUCAUUCUCUUAAGUCUUUCAGUGUGCCAGCACCACCUUGCCAAAGUGCCCCAACAACACCCCAACCAAGGCAUAUAGUCAAACCUCAACAAGUUGCCAGUCCUCAGAAGAAGCUUUUAGCUACCGGUGGUCCAUCACCUGCAACGCCUUCAUCUCAACAGUCCACUCUAAAAUCUCGGCCUUCAACGAUGCCAAGACAUCAGGAUGGUGGCUGCAGUGACAGGGAGGACCUGCCUCCUUCUUACAGCACUGAAGACCUAAGUGUUGAAAUGGCCAACUUAGAGGGUUUGAUGAAAGAUUUAAAUGCCAUUACAGCAUCAGAAUUUGAAUGCUAGAAAAGCAUUUUAAAAUGACUGAUAUACUUUCAUGAAGCAAAAAACAUUUUUGUGAAGUUGCGUUGAGAUGAAUUCUAUGCAUAACUAUCUGUGCCUGUGAUUACAAUAUACUUUGAUAGUUUUUAGUCAUUUGACUGAGUGCACUAUGCAUUUAUCUCAUAAAAAAACUAAUUUUCACAAGCAAAUGUGAAAAAAAAGUGUUGAUAUUUCAUUGGUGGACAAGGGAGAGACAUGUUGUAUAAAUAUUCAUACAUCUGUAAUUUAAGAAGCUAGUACUGAAGGACUUGAAAAAAAAUACUGUGGUGCCUCUUCAAACUCAAAAAGCAUCAUGAAAAAAAUUAGUAAAGUCUCAAAAUAUAGCAAGAAAAGAAAAUAUUGUGAUAAUUAAUUAGAUAAUUUCAAGAGAUAAUUAAUAUAUGGUAAUUGUUGAAUUCAAUUGAAUUAUCCUCCAAUUAUAUACUAAUGGAAACAUUUAAUAAAGCAAAGCUGGGUACAUUGAGGUUCAAAUUACAGUGAAACCUGUGUAUAACAAUACUGUCUCUAACAAUAACCUGUCUAUAACAUUUUUUUUAAUUUUUUUUUGCCCCAGCAAAAUGUCAGCAUGAAUAAUCAAACUGUUUAUAAUGCUAACCUGUCUAUUACGAUAGUUUUUUUAGGUCCCAACAGUAUCAUUGUAGACAGGUUUUACUGUAUAUGCUUUAUUUCUCAAGAUAUUUCACAGGGGAGAUGAUUUUUAGUUAUAAUUAGUAUUCAAACUUUAAAACUGAAAAAUAUGUUUGAAAAACAGAAUUAUCCGUCAUAAAAUUAGCUAUUACGUUUAAUACAGUUUGUAAAAUUCACUGAUAGUUAAGAAUAUCUUUAAGAAAAUUCAGGGGGAGAAGUUGAGCAUGACAUUAUAUUUCAAUUUCUACAUGCUAUUGUUAAAGCAUCAUUUUCUGUUGAUACCUUGUUUGAUCAUCAUUUUUCUAUUGAUUCCAUAACAAAUUUCUAAAUAAAUUUUUGAAAGUACAAUUUAAAGAUAUUGAAAUUAUCUGUUCAUACAGUAAUUAAGUAAUGAUAUCCCUAAAGCAAUCAUGCAAAUAUUAAAUGGAAAAAAAAAAUCUGCAAACUAACACUAAUAAAUACUUUUAAUUUCAAGAAAAUAGCAAACUACAAGAACCUAAGAACAAAGACAUUCACCAAGAGUACUAAAAUAUUGUAAAUACCAAAUCUUCUGUCAUUACAAAAUAUUUCAACGAAUAUUUCAUUUUGUGUAAAAGAACUUCUUUCAUUCUUUAUCUGUGUAAGUGUGUAUAUCAUUGCUCCAUGUACAGUCAGCAUGUCUUUUCUUACAGUGGGCUUUUGUGUCAUGUCUUUCUGUACUGCAUACUUAUGUAUGUACUUCAAAUGAAAAUUAGUCUGAUUUUUAUACAAAGCAUUCAGUAUGUAUUUAUACCCAAUUAUGAGGAAAUCAUGACUUUGUAAUA